AUGGAGGAGGAGAAAUGUCGGCGACAUUCUUGGUCCCAGGCAUCCCCUGACUCUGGAGACGACAUUUCCAUCCUACGCGACCGUGAUGCCGAGAAAAUCCUACCCUACGAUGCCGAUGAUUCACCCUUUCCCGAGGUGCGGGCAGUCAUCCAACCCACCGACGACGUUUCCCUACCGGUGAACACUGUUCGAAUGUGGACAAUCGGUAUCGUCUUCACUAUAGUGGGAAGUGGGUUGAACCAAUUCUUUAGCUUGCGACAACCGAGCGUCACAAUCAGUGCAUUGGUAGCCCAAUUGCUAGCGUUUCCCUUGGGAUGUGCCUGGGCCAAAUGGAUGCCACUUGGGGUACUCAACCCUGAUCGCCACUUUAAUAUUAAAGAGCAUGGCCUGAUCACCAUCAUGGCCAAUGUCUCCAUUGGAUCCGCCCAGGCGACGCAAGUCAUCGAAGCGAUAGUCAAAUUCUACGGCAUGCCUUCGAAUGGGGGGUUUGAGGUGCUGCUAUGCAUUACCACACAACUUUUUGGCUUUGGAGUCGCAGGUAUGGCAACCCGUUGGCUUGUUACACCAGCUUCAAUGCUAUGGCCACAGGUGCUCUCCAACGCAGCGCUUCUGACUACCCUCCAUUCAAGAGAGAACAGGGUUGCGGAUGGCUGGCGGAUCACUCGCUUGAGAUUUUUUCUCUUCGUCUUCACUGGCGGGGCGAUUUGGUACUUUGCGCCCGGCUACCUGUUCACCGGCCUCAGUACCUUCAGUUUCAUCUGUUGGAUAGUGCCGUCAAACGUGGUAGUCAACCAGUUGUUUGGUCAGACAACAGGACUGGGAAUGUCUAUUCUGACGUUCGACUGGGCACAAGUAGUCUAUGCUAAUCAGAGUCCUCUCCUGGUACCUUUCUGGGCAGGAUUGAAUGUGAUGGGCUCCUUUGCCUUAUUUUUCUGGUUGAUCUGUCCGAUUCUCUACUACACCAACACUUGGUAUUCUGCCUAUCUGCCUCUUCUCAACUCAAACACCUUCGACAACACCGGUCAAGAUUACCAAACAUCGCGCAUUAUGGAUAAGAAUGGAACGGUGGACCAAGCCGCUUAUAGGGACUACUCCCCCAUGUUUUUGCCUGCCGGGUAUGCGAUUACAUUUGGAGUUGCGUUCGCCAACCUGACUGGUAUUUUCGUUCAUGUUGGACUCUACCAUGGCAAGGAUCUGUGGAGGCAGUGGAAGGGCACUGGUGAGCGCGAUGUUCACGCGCGGCUGAUGUCCACGUACCGCGCUGUUCCUUGGUGGUGGUUUGCCGCAGUUUCGGUCCUCAUGUUCGUGCUGAGUAUUGUGACGAAUGAGGUGUGGCAUACUGGCUUGCCGGUCUGGGCUGUGCUAGUGGCCUUUUUGUUACCUAUCGUCUACUUUCUCCCCGUGGGAAUCAUUAAGGCCUUGACUAACAUCAGCAGCAACCAGUUGAAUCUGAUCACAGAAUUCAUUGGAGGCUAUGCUUUCCUUGGACGACCCAUAGCUAACAUGGUCUUUAAAUUCUAUGGCUAUGUUGCAAUUCAACAGGGCCUUGAAUUUGUCGCCGAUAUGAAACUGGCACAUUAUCUUCACAUUGCUCCACGCAUGCUCUUUGUAGCACAGGGACUUGCCACGUUGGUCGGAGCUAUUGUUCAGUGCGGUGUGACCGUAUUCAUGAUCACUCGCAUAGAUGGGGUCUGCACAUCUGAUGCCGAGGGUAACUUUACAUGUCCUCAUGGUCGAGUGACUUAUUCUUCGUCUCUAAUCUGGGGUGCUGUUGGUCCUGGUCGGUUAUUUUCUCCCGGUCAGACGUACAGUAAUUUACUCUGGUUCUUGCUCGUGGGGCCGGCGGUAGUAGUAAUUACCUACCUCCUCGGUCGCCGCUGGAAAUCCGUGAACUAUCUCUCCUGGCCAGUUGCAUUUGGUGCAAUGAGCCUAGUUCCCCCAGCCACGGGAGUCAGCUUCUCCUCGUGGUGGGUUAUCAAUGCCAUAUUCAAUGGAUUAAUUCGACGUCGCAGACCCGCGUGGUGGUCUAAGUACAAUUAUGUAUUGUCCGCUGCGCUUGACUGUGGCGUGGCCGUAUCUACCGUAAUCAUAUUCUUCUGCAUCACCCUGCCAGCUGGUUCUCUGAGCUGGUGGGGCAACACCGUAUACUCUAAUACUGCCGACGGCAAAGGCACGCCCUACAAGUCCCUUCCUGCCAGAGGCUAUUUUGGCCCGCCAAAGGGCUCCUGGAGUUGA